GACGAGUUCGUGUAGGUGAGCCAAAGUGGACGUCUGGAGGCUCAGACUUCAUUUUACAAAAGAUAUUUGACGAAAAAAAGGAAUUUCGUAUCGCACGCAAGUUUUACUCAUAUUAUUCCUUACCUUAUCAGCAAAAAAUGAAACAAUCGAUAAACAUGAGUGAACAGAUAAAGUAUAUUAUUCAAGAACUCAACAAAGAACCCUUCAAUAAGAAGUAUAAUUUGAUUAGCUUCGAUUCGCUGAGAUCGGAAAAUUUGCUGCAAAUUCUUAAUGAUGUUUUUUCUGAAGUUGAUGCAAAAUUGAAAGCUGAUGUUAGAGCAGAGGAUCCAGAACAAAUGGUUCUUAAGAACUUGAAUUUCCUGAGAGUUUUGAAAUACAAACCUCCUGAUACUGUUGACAUGAGUGAUUUUAGACAAGGAUUAGUGACUGGAGAAAAGUCAGUUAUUUAUCACAUAUUGGAUUGGUUAUUUCAUAGAAUGCCCGAAUUAAAAAAACGUGCCUACUUAGCUCAGUACCUCAUGAAAGUUGAAUUACCACCUGACAUAGAAGGUGAUGCAGACAUCAGAGACAUAUAUGAUCAAUAUGAAAAUGUUAUUGAAGAAUUCAAGGAAAUACAUAAGCAAUAUGAAAAUCUCAAAUCCAGUGGCUUCUCAACACAAGAAAUUCGUAAAGACUUGGAGCAUAUGGAAGAAGAAAGAGAUCAACUAAUCAAGAAAAUUGAAAGGUUAAAGAUGAAGGUUGAAAGUCAUCCUAAUGUUGAUGCAAUGCUGGCAGUGGCAAAGCGACUGCGUGAAGAGAGAGAUUUGUCAGACAACUUGAAUAGGCAAAAAAUGGAACAAAGAAAUGCUCUUACACAUGCUGAACAAAAAAUUCAACGUUUAAAUCAACAGCUAAAGGAAUUGAAGUUAUCUAGUCUUGGAGCUACUCCAGAAACUCUAGUGCAAAAACUGGAGGAAAGUAUCAAAGUAAAUUCCUAUUUAGUGAAAGAUAAAUUACCUAAAGAAGUAUCUGCGCAGAAGAAAUUUAUCUUGGAUCUGCAAAGAAUAGUAUCACAACCUGCAUUGAGCCGCUCAGAUCUUGAUCAAAUAAAUAAUAAAAUUCAAGAGGUAAACGGUGAGAUUCAUGACUUCAUAGAAACCCGCAUGCGGAAUAAUAAUCCAAUAGAUGAUAAACUAUCUCUUUUUAGGCAGCAAGUAUCAAUACUUGCACACAAAAAAGAAAGAGCUGCAGAAGAACUUAAUGCAGCUCGAAUUCAGAUGGCUGAGAUACAGUCACAGUUAGACAAUAAAAGAGCUGAUACCAAAGCUAAUGAAGGUGAAUUUUUGAAGGGUGAUGAGUUCAAGAGGUACGUAAAUAAAUUGAGGGGAAAGAGCAAUAUUUAUAAGAAAAAACGUCAAGAAAUGGCCGAACUGAAAACAGAGUGUGGCAUACUUUCAAGAACUGUUGAUAUACUUCAGCAAAAGGAAGCUGCAUUGACCAAAACUUUGGCGCAACUUGAAAUGCAGAAAGGUGUUAGUGGAUUUCAUGCUGCACAAGAUGAGUUAGAAAAAGUAUCAUCCAUUAAAGCAGAACUUGAUGAGAAAAAAGGACAGACUUUAGAAGAAAUGUCUAUUAUGGUCCAAAAAUUGAAUCUUAAAAUCGCAGAAAAAAAGGCUCGUCUUGCACCUGUCAUAAAAGAACUUCGUCCUCUUCGACAACAAUGCCAAGAUAUGUCAUUUGAGUAUGAGCAGAAGAAGCAAACAUAUGAUUCUUGUGCUUUAGGAUUAGAAAGCAGUAUAUCGAAACUUGAACAGGAAGUUAACAGUUAUAAAGAGGAAAUAGCAGAAGCUGAACAUCUUUAUCACACACUGAAUGUCAAAAUUAAGAUGCUUGAAUUGCAAAAUGAAAGAGUUGCUGAAGAAAUAAAGUCUUAUGUUUCAAGUGAUGCAGCUGAUAAAAAGAAAUCUAUAAGGGAACAAUACAAUCGACAUAUACAAGAACAAGAAAACAAAACUAAAAUUUUGAAAGAGCAACAGAAAGAAGUGAAAGAAAAUCAGACCCAUAAUGAAAAACAAAUGCAAAUGUGGAGUAAUUUACAGAAACUGUUAGAAUGCAAGAAAAAGUGCAGGGAGUUAGAAAACAGACAGAGCCAGGUCAUAACUUCAGGAACUACAGACAGAUUAGUUCUGUAAUGUUUAUUACACUCAAAUAAAGGUUUUUCAAGAACACACAAAGAAAAAAUAUAUAGGAAUAUGCUAUUUUUGAAAUUCGGUUGACAAAAAAGAAUUUUUAUCAUGCAUAUGAAAAGAUAUGUAAAUAUUCUAGUUGAAAAUUAUAUAUACUUGAAACACAUGCUAUUUUAAAAUAAACUGCAAUAAUUCAGUUAGUUGCAUUCUUUUUUUUAAAUUAUCUCUCUUUUGCAGUUAAUAUACAUAUUCAUGUAACCAAGUUAACAAAAAAAUUUUAAAAGUUUGAAAAAACACAAAAUGUAGCUUGAGAUUAACUCAUCAAAAAUAUUUUUUGAUAUUUUGAUUAACUUAUUUACACUAUUUAGUGUCGUGGGAAUCAAUGAAACAAUAAAUUAAUUGUGUUCAUUUUACUA